AUGGACAAGAGUUGGAUGCAAAUCACUGAUAGAUUUGGAUCUAGGGAAUAUGCUAAAGGAGUGAAGGAGUUCCUUACCUUGGCCCAAACUUAUGCUACAAGUGAAGAAAUUCGUUGCCCAUGUAUCAGAUGUUCAAAUAAUUACUUCCUACCAAUAACCCAAGUAGAGAGACACUUGUUUAUUAAAGGUAUUGACAAGAAUUACACGACGUGGAUUUUUCAUGGUGAAGAAGAAGAUUUAAUCAUAAGUGAUGAUGAUGAUAAUGUGCAUGAUCCUGAUGAAGAGGAAGACUUCAUUGAUGAUGUUGAUGUUAUGUUACGAGAUAUUCGGGCUGCCGGAUUUCCUGAUGUUCCCAUAAGUGAUUCAUUCCAUGCUGCGGGUUCCACAUCGGUCGAUACCUUUUCAUCUCAGACUUUUGACCAGCUGUUGGCUGAUUCCCGGCGUCCUCUUUAUGAAGGUUGUACAAAGUAUUCUAAACUAUCUUUCACUGUCAAGUUGCUGCACAUUAAAACACUUGGUGGUUGGAGUGUUAAGUCUUUCGACAUGCUUUUACACUUGUUGAAGUCAGCUUUUCCCAAUGCCCUUUUGCCAAACUCAUAUCAAGAAUCACGUAACUUGGAAAAAGGGCUGGGCUUUACUUACACCAAGAUACAUGUUUGUCCAAAUGACUGCAUACUUUAUUGGAGAGAAUAUGUGGAUAAAGAUGAAUGCCCAAAAUGUAAACUUUCAAGGUGGAAAUUCAGCAACACUAAGAAGAGGCGAAUUCCUCAAAAGGUUUUAAGACAUUUUCCGUUGAAGCCAAGGUUGCAGAGAUUGUUUAUGUCACAAAAAACAUCAGUUGAUAUGAGGUGCCACAAGGAUCAGCGUGUCAUGCAGCAAGAUAUUCUAAGUCAUCCUGCUGACUCUGAGGUGUGGACGACAUUUGAUCAAAAGCAUGCUUGGUUUGCAGAAGAUCCAAGAAAUGUCAGGCUUGGUUUAGCUAGCGAUGGUUUCAACCCAUUUAAUAAUUUGGCUAAGCCUUAUAGCGUAUGGCCAGUGAUUCUUGUCCCUUACAACUUACCUCCGUGGUUGUGCAUGAAGGAUCCAUUUUUUAUCACUUCACUCUUGAUUCCUAGACCAAGAUCACCAGGAAAUGAAAUCGAUGUCUAUCUUCAACCUUUAAUAGAUGAAUUGAUUGAUCUAUGGGAUAAUGGUGUUGAUACAUAUGAUGCAAAGGCCAAAGAGACUUUCAGAUUGCAUGCAGCAUUGCUAUGGACAAUUAACGACUUUCCUGCUUAUGGAAACCUCUCCGGGUGGAGUACUAAGGGGAAGAUGGCAUGUCCAUCGUGCAAGGAAGAAACAGAUUCGAUGUGGUUGACAUAUAGCCGAAAGUAUUGUUACAUGGGUCAUCGUCGAUUCUUGCCGCCGGGCCACAUCUGGAGAAAGAAAAAGACUAUUUUUAAUGGCAGUGCAGAGCAUCGUGACCCACCUACAAUUUAUUCAGGAGAAGAUGUACUCAUUCAACUCCAAAAUAUUCCUGAUGCAAAUUUUGGCAAAUCCAUAAAGAAAAGAAAGCGUACCACAGAGGAGUUCAAUUGGACCAAGAAAAGUAUCUUCUUUCAAUUGCCAUAUUGGUCAACUAUAAAGAUUAGACAUAAUCUAGAUGUCAUGCACAUUGAGAAAAACAUAUGUGACAACAUCAUAGGAACUUUGAUGAAUAUCUCUGGCAAAACUAAAGAUCAUCCUAAUGCACGUCGUGACCUUUCCACUCUCAAUAUAAGGGAGGAGUUACACCUUAUUCAGGAUAGACAACGCAUUAGUAUGCCACAAGCAUGUUAUACGUUGUAUGGAGCUGAGCGGACUGGUUUUUGUAAUUGGUUGCACGGUGUGAAAUUCCCGGAUGGCUUCGCUUCAAACAUUGCCAGAUGUGUUAGUGUAAGUGACUGCAAAAUCUCGGGGAUGAAAAGUCAUGAUUGCCAUAUUUUCAUGCAAAGAUUACUUCCUGUUGCAAUUUCUAGAUACUUACGCCAAGAUGUACGGUUGGCACUAACUGAGCUAAGCACUUUCUUCAAAGAAUUGUGUGCUAGUACAUGUAAGAAGGAAGUCUUAGAGCGGCUUCAGACUGAUAUCGUCUUUAUUCUUUGCAAGCUUGAGAUGAUUUUUCCGCCUACCUUUUUCGACAUAAUGGUGCACUUAGCCUAUCACUUGCCACGUGAGGCCCUGCUUGCAGGGCCAGUUCAAUAUAGGUGGAUGUAUCCUUUCGAGAGAUAUCUCGGAAAAUUCAAGAGAUAUGUUAAGAAUAAGGCCAACCCGGAAGGUUCAAUAGCUGAGGCCUAUAUCCAUGUUGAAUGCUUGAAUUUUUGUUCCAUGUACCUCCAUGAUGUUGAGACUAGAUUCAAUCCUCCUGAACGUAAUGUCGACAAAGGAGAAGAGGGUGUACGAGAGGGACUAUCUGUUUUUUCCGCGAAGGUGCGACCCAUGGGUUUUGCAUCACGUCACCAAUUAGACGAUGAUGCUUUUAUAAAAGCCAGAUGGUAUGUUCUUAAUAACUGCACAGAGAUUGGAGAAUACCUAGAGCGUGCUGAUAAUCCCGAGGAAGUUUCGGAUGAUCUAUAUGCCUUAGCAUGUGGUCCUGACCCUUGGGGUGCGUCCUAUUCUGGUUGCAUAACCAACGGUAUAAGAUUUCACACAAAAAAAGGGGAAGAACAUCGUCGCACCCAAAACUCCGGUGUCAUGGUCAUUAGUGAACAACUAGGAUCUGAAAAACCAGAGUUCUUUGGUAGACUAACAGACAUUUUGGAAUUCCGCUACAUGGGUUGGCGUCGUGUUUACUUAUUCAAAUGUGAAUGGUUUGAUAUCUCUGAUUCCAAACGAGGGAUACGUAUCGAACCACAUCUUACUAGUGUGAAUAUGUUGCGGACAGCUUAUAAGGAUGAUCCAUUUGUUUUGGCGUCCCAAGCAUCACAGGUAUUUUACCUAAAAAAUCGCAGCAUCCGUGGAGAAUGGUAUGUAGUCCAAAAGGUCAUACAUAGAAAUGUCUAUGACCUUCCACGAUCAUCCCUUAUUGAAGAUGAUGAAUCUGAUUCUAGUGACGUUGAUGCAUACCAAGAGGAUAAUUCUGGUGAUGCUUACGUGAGUGUCCAUGCUGAUGACAUCCCACUGCAAACAGACAUGCACAGGCCGAAUGUUGAACCGGAGCAGGUUGAUGUUGACACAUUGGUAAUGCAAAGGUCUAAUUGGGACCACUUUGAGCAAGGUUUUAUCAAUGACGAAACCAGCGAAGACAAUUCAGAUCACAACGCCGAACUAGAGGGUAGCAUAGAAGAAGAUAGUAUCUCAAGGGAUGAUGAGAUGAACUAG